AUGGAAAUCGAGGUCCAAGAGAAAAAGAGACCAUCCCAGGGCUGGUUGCCUGCUACACUGCGCUGGCCGUAUCUCUUCUCCCUGGGAAGUCUGCUCCUGUUUUUACUGGCGGUGGUUGAGACACUACGCCAGUACUCGAACAGGAAAGGUUUCCUCAUCCAUUGGAGCGAUGUGGAAAAUCUUCCAGGGACCACUUGGCAGGUAUAUACGUAUCUGCCUUUGGUCCUUACCCUGCUCGCCAUCGUUCUCCUGGAUAUUUGUGCCCAGGAUGUCUUCCGGUUGGAGAUUUACUUCCAACUGGCCAAGCAGGAGGCCACUCCGGCCAAGGUGCUCUUCACGAAUUAUUGCAGCAACGGAUUGACAGCGUCAAUGAUCGCACUUCGAAACCGGCAUUGGAUUGUGUUAUGCGUCGCGUCGGUAUUUUUGAUUUGUCGCAUGUUUCUUCCCACGUUGGCCUCAGGUAUCAUCAGCUUGGAUGGAACGACCUUGCGGGAAAGCAAAUCAGUCCACACCUGGCCGUCAAUCGUUGAUCUCGACACUCAGAUGUCGUGGUUCAACGCCAGCCUCUCGCAUCAUGGAAUGCUCGGGCGCUCCGAUCUAGGCAGCAUGUUUCUGUCCCGCCCGUCGACAUAUGCGGCAGCACCUGUUUCGAUUCCAGGUGAGGCGACCGAGAACUCGUUUUUGACUGUCAAUCAAACAGCAUAUUGGUCGAACUUGACUUGUGUCACCCAACUUUCAACAGGCAACUCCAAUAGCACAUUCUCGUCUAUCAACUCGAGCUCGGGGACCAACCAGCUGGCCUGGAUUUGGAAAAUGCGUGAUUUCGGGCUUCCUGGGAGUAUCAACGAUACCGACUCUCGCUGUCGAAUUGACCUUGACCUUGAAGUGACUUCUAAGUCAAACCAGAGAGACCUCCACGCACGUUACUGGGCCCCCACUUAUAACGGAACGGACGCCAACUCAUCCUUUGUCCCGGGCGAUGGAUGCGGCUCUUUCGAACUUUUCGGUGUGAUGUUGGAUUCAAGAAUUGUCGACGGAAACAUCACGGCCCCAAAUAUCACCGUGCUUGGCUGCUCGCCGGUGUAUCACCAAGCCCAGGCGGAAGUCACUCUCAACAACAAUGCUUCCAUCGCAGAUCUGCAAACCAGCCCUGACGGCAUCAAUCCUCUAAAUGCAAGUGACUUCCACGUAUCAGGGCUGCACGAUGUUAUUUCCUCGAAGUAUACACCACAGGAGCAGGGUAUAUCAUUAUCGGAUCCGUCAUUGCAGACUGGAAAUGACCUCAACAGCGCCAAAAACAGCAAACAAAUCAACUCCACCGCAUUUAUCCAGGAAAUGCAAUCGUCUUGGAAUGAGAACUUCAUCGUCAUCAUCAACAAGCUAUUUAACCCAGCUGCGCCCCCCUCGAGCAUCGACGCCACGUUGACAUCCUACGUGGUGAUAUUAGUUGUGGCUCCCAACGCUGCGAUUUUCACCGAAGCGAUCCUGGUCGUUUGUCUCGUCAUUCUUGGUAUGCUGGCAUCUACCUGUCACCGCCGACCCAACUUCUUGCAAUGGGACCCCGGGUCUAUUGCUGCUCAGUGCGCUUUGAUUUCACGACUCUUUAGCCCGCCCACGAAGCAGCUAUUCUCGCAUCCAGACUUCCGCCAAGCAACUACUCGCCAGCUCCGUCAGUGGUCCAAAGGGAAAUGGGUCGAAUGGGUGAAUGUCUCCGGAGAACCUCAGCUUUGCAUCGUCGAUCGCAGCCAACCACCUUCCGAUCAGCCGUCGACUCCAAAGAUCACCAAGGGCCGCCGUGACCCACCUCCGCACUUUUUGGUUUUCCCUUGGUUCUUGACCGAGUGUGUUCUACUAAUGGGAGUGUUGGCCGCUUUUGGAAUCUGUCUGUCAUACCUGCGACUACAGAAUAUCGAAGACUACGCAACCGCCGCCGCGACUCUGUCGAUAAUAUUCCUAACUUACGCCCCAACCGCAAUCGCAUCCAUCAUCGGCUCUCUCAUUACUUCGGUAUAUCGCAAUCUGAGUGGCAUGGAACCUUGGAUCCGUCUCCAGGAAGGCAUGGCCACCGCCAAAGAUUCAAUCAUCGCCAAUCGUGGUUACAGAACGCCGUAUAUGGCUCUGACUCGUACGCGCCGCCGCAAGCCGGCUCUCUUGUUUGGAAUCUCUGUGGUAUGCUUGGUGGAUCUCGUAUUGCGAGUACUUAGUGGUGGUGUUUUCGAGCCGCAGGUCCAGAUUUAUAAAUCGACAUCCUCCUCAGUGCUCCGCGAGUACAACCCGUCUCUUUUCCAGAGGCAGGCCAACGAGACAGGAGUCGGUGAAUCGAUAAUGGCUGCCAGUCGGUUGAUGAACAAUGUUUCAUUUUUGCCCUGGGUCUCCCCGGAGUACUUCUUUGUGCCAUUUUCGGUCAAACACCCUUACCCCGAUGUAUUAUAUACCGUAUCCGACGCCGAAGACGAUGAAGACGACGACACGGAAGAUGAAGAUGACGAUUAUGAUGAUGAUGAUGAUGACGAAGACGAAGAUGCUUGGGCCACAUUUUCCGCUGUGACGAGAGGCAUAGGAGCAGACCUUGAUUGCCGUACGAUAUAUCCCGAGCACAAGUCCGAUUCAACGCAGGUUUGGAAAUAUCGACUCUCUGGAAGCACAGGACUGUCCAAUUGCACAGUCGAAAUCAUACCAAAGACUCUCAACAGCAAACCUGGCGCCAAUCUCACAGAUCGCUCUAUCCAGUUCCUAGCGCCCAACGGAACAGAGACGUGCCAAACCUCAAAUCUCUUCAUUUUCGCCUCUUGGAACCAGAACACUAUAUUCAAAGGCGACUCGACAGGCUGGAUGGCCUUGCAGUGCAAGCCAAAAGUUUCAGUCCAAGAGUUCAAUCUCGAAUUCGACUCCCACGGAAUGAUCCAGUCCUACAAACCCAUCCCCAAAGGUUCUAUCACAAAGGGGGAACUAUACCAGAACGCUUCAAUCAGUCUCGGGCUAUUCAAUGAGCGAGUGACAAGCUUCUCUCGAUCUCUCCCGUCCCAUGAUCCCUCCGCCCCGCAACGCCACGACUGGUCCGGCCUGUUAACAUCAUCGACGUACGAUGUAUUGUACCCGAAUAACACUGAGAUCACCUCUGAACGCCUAUCGAAUGUUGCAAGGAUAGUCUAUCGUCGCAUGUUCAGUGCCCACUUAGCUUUGUGGCGGGACAAGUACCUCGAACACGUCCCCUCGAAACUGGCCGUUCCUAUCGCGGCAACAGCGAUCGAAUCCCUGUGGGGACUGACUCCGUCCAAAGUUUUGAUUGUGAUCAUCAUCUGCCUUGUAUGCAUUGACACCUCGGCGCUUGUCGCGGUCUUCGUCCUCCGCUUCAACCGGUUCAAGGGUUUGCGCAUUCCUCGAUCCAUUGGGUCUCUCAUCCCGUUGGUCGUAGGUGGCUCCUUCGCGGCCGAUUGCGGAGAUAUGUAUGAUAUGACCGAGCAUGAACGCCAUGCAUUGCUUCUGGGUCAGGAUCGAAGGUAUCGACUUGGAGAGUUCGCUGGUGAGACCGGGGACCAGUGGGGCCUUGAUUAUGAUGACCGACAUCAUACCUCGGAGAUCGAGUUGGAUGAUAUCAGACCUGCCAUGUAA